GAAAAAUUACAGAUAUAUCUAACUUUUAUCCGUCAUUAUGAGCAACCAAAUAUUGAGCAGAAUUGAGAUAGCCGAUGGCUCUGGUGACCCCAUAACAACAGUCAAUUCGCACGGAGACGAAGAUUAACAAUCGACUGUCCCAGGAGAUGGCUUUUUCUCCACAAUUGGAUCAAUUUGGUGCGAGCAAUAUCACAGCGCAGAGCAAGCCUGGCAUGGCGGUACAUGCUGCGGUCGGCUGAAAGCUUUCUUUAUGUACAUUACACUGCCUGUUUAUGUUUGGCUCAAACCGUUCAUACGUGCAAGGCGCUUAUCUUUGCGGCGCAAAGUUACCCAUCAUGGCAUUGUGUACUUCUAUAUCCUCAUGGCGUGGACAAUAGUCUUGAAUCUUCUGGAAGUGCGAGAAAAAAGCAAAUUAAAAGACGACGAACCCAAUCAAUUCUUGAUAUACACCAAUGCCACGAUUAUGGCAUUGUCUUUAAUAGCAAUGUUGUAUAUCGCGUGGGCAACUCGUGAAGAAGUCAUUUGGGCCAUUCAUCGGAUUAACUUAAGUUUCUAUUUUCGCACGGGAUUGUAUGUCUUUGGCGUUGCAAACAUGGUAUAUACAUCUUUGAAGCUAUACGAUAAUUUCAGCUGCAAAGAGGGUCGCAAUAUUUUGCUAAAUAUCUCACAAUUUCUGUUCAUUGUUAGUCAGAUACUGUUUCAUAAUUAUUUUUACCAAGCGAAACUGCCUGGUCGGGGAUGGUUAAUGCAGGUUUGCCUUGCGCAUAUCCUGGGUACGAAUUUAAGCCUCUGGAUUAGGACAAUCUGUAAAAAAGUGUUAAACCAUUCCAAAAAGAAAGAUGACUGCUCCCCAAUUCCAUUGGGUGAUACAGAGAAGUUCUUUUAUCCUUUGUUUGUGGAGUAUUUGCUUCUUGUCGCCGGGAUGGUGUAUGAACUGUGGGUGGGGGUGGUAGUACCUAGAGACACGAGAAGGCGAGCAGGGCAUUGGAUUGAUGACGCGUAUCACGGGGAAUUGCAAAAUCCAAACGAGACACCGACGACAUUGUCUAAUGGUAGCAGGCUGCCUCUUCCUGUUGACCUGGUGUCGGAAAGAAGACGCCACAUAUUUGCACCGAGUCUUGCGUUUAGUUUUCUGCUCGGUUUGGCAAUUUGUUCAAUCUUCUUUUCUUUCAUGUUAGCGGCACAUUAUUCAGCAUGGAAAGAAGAAAGGCACAGUUUCCUGUACGAUAAUUUCGUAAUUGCCAAUAUAUGUGUCUAUUGCACUCAACUUAUCGCCUGUUACGUCAUCAAGGUUUGCGGCCAAUCUCAGCCAGCUGACAGAAAACGAACCUCGUUUAACCUAGACGAUUUCCUACUCUACCUCGGUUUAGCAGGAGUAAUACUUUGGGAAGGAUUUCAUCUCUAUUUUGUAUCUUAUAAACCCAAGCACAAAGCAAUCUACUUUGUUCAUAGCCUGCUUGGUCAACUCGAGUUCAUCGUGCAGACAGUGAUUCUGGUCAGCGCCCGCCGCCUAUCAAGCAGAGAGGACAAAAAUGCGCAAACAAUCAGCAAUAUGUCACUGUUCUUGCUUGCAACAAACUUUGCCUUUUGGAUUCUGAAUUCUUUCUUAAUCGAUCAAAGGCUUAGCUAUCCUGGAGAGAGUCAUCACAGAGAAAAGGAAGAGAACUUGCUCUCGAUGUUGCAAUUUUUUGCUUAUAUCCUAAACCCCAUUGUUAUAUUUUUUCGUUUUCACAGUGCCGCGUGUUGCUAUCAGAUGUGGUUGAUUUUCAGCCGGCCCGUCAUGAAUAACAAUUAGUUGUCUGUCGUUACUGAAUCAUUGAUAAAAUGAAUCAUUCGUUGCAUUAAAUCCAGGAACUAAAACGAACAAUUUGCUGACUGAUGCGGCAUCAUUCAAAGGAGCCUUUGGGCAUUCCUAGAACAUCUCUUCACAGGGUUGGACGUCGCGGGUCAGCGAACCCGCGGGGCAAUUUCGUAUGGGCCUCAGCAGCAUUUUAAGUUCUACUGUAGCUGUGUGUCAUAUGCAGGCCAGUGUGUCAAAGAAGCUAAACGCGAACUAUGGCAGAAGCUAAUAAUUGAGUAAGAAACACAGGGAGCAAAUAUAACGUACUGUCAGACUGAAUUUUACCUUGUAGUCUAUGUGUACAUAGUUCCCGGUCAGUUUGCGAUUAGCUCUCACUGUAAAGCUUUCUGUAAUUGUAAACUUGUUUUCAGUGAUACAUUUUGCCGUAACAAAUACUUAUCUG